AAUCUAUUUCUGAUGACCAGGGUGAUACCCGAUUGUGGGAAGAAAUCAGUCAAACAGGAGAUUGUCCUCCAACCUGCUGUAACUUUCCAGUGGCAGUAGCAAGAGACUCUAUGUACGUCUUCAGCGGCCAGAGUGGUGCCAAGAUCACAAAUUCGCUUUUCUAUUUUACCUUCAAAGAUCGAUGCUGGACACGAAUAUCCACAGAACACAUACUACGUGGUGCUCCUCCGCCCCCAACACGGCGCUAUGGUCACACUAUGAUUGCGUUUGAUCGUCAUUUGUAUGUGUUUGGUGGGGCUGCUGAUUCUACUCUUCCUAAUGACCUGCACUGCUUUGACCUAGACAGCCAGACCUGGUCUGUGAUACAGCCUGCACCAGAUUCACAGGUUCCAUCGGGGCGACUUUUCCAUGCCGCAGCGGUGGUUGGGGAUGCUAUGUAUGUGUUUGGUGGUACUGUCGAUAAUAAUGUACGAAGUGGUGAGAUGUAUCGAUUCCAGUUCUCUAGUUAUCCCAAGUGUACCCUACAUGAUGACUUUGGCAAACUUCUGGAGAGUCAACAAUUUACUGAUGUUGACUUCCUGGUGGGACCUGAGGAACAGAGAAUUCCAGCUCAUGUUGUCUUUGUGGCUGCACGCUCACAAUACCUGCGGAAUCGCAUUCGACAGGCAAUGGAAGCACGAGAUAAACACCUAGAAAAA